GAACAUGCAUCCGGGAGGACAUUGAUUAUCAGAGCACAUUGCAGACAGCAGGGUUUAGUCUGAAGUUCACCGUCGUGGAAAUCUAAGUAAAAGGCACAGUGGAGGUUUGAGACUAGAGGAACGGGAGAACGUCUGAGGACCACGUCAUCAGAAGACGGUGAAGGCAGAAGAACAGAGAAAAACUGAAAACAGGACGGUCCCAUCCAAGAAAGACGCGUGCAGAGAUGGAUAUUCUUGAGACACAUGCCUAUGACAGGCAGCAGAGGAGAAAUGUGUCCUGUGCUCUUCUUUUCUCUCUCAUGCCUUUCUUUUUGUCCUCUGCUUUAUAUUUCUACCUUUUGACUCCUGAUUCGGCCCCAUCAGUCAUGUCUGCAGGUGUCAAAUGUGCUCCGACUCUCCUGCUGGCUGCAGUGGUGCUGAGCUGGAACAGAGGUCAGAGUGUCUUAGGUGUGGCAGGAGGACUUCUCUUUUCUGCUGUUGGGGACUGCUGCUUGGUCUGGCCUGAGCUGUUUAUACAUGGAAUGGGAGCAUUUGCUGUGGCUCAUCUGCUCUACUCGCUCUCCUUCCUAUCCAGUCGUUAUGCAACAUAUUCCUCUUCCUCCUGGACCAGUAUUCUGUACCUGCCCCUGGUACUGGUGGGAGGAGCUUUCUACUUUUACCUAUUUCCAUUCCUGCGGAAGGCUCCAGACUCUGAUUUGCUGACUCCUGGCGUGGGGAUCUACGUCAUCCUAAUUACUGUCAUGGGUGUAUUAGCAAUCAGAACCCGCCAUGUGACAACACUGCUGGGAAGUUUGACUUUCAUUGUGUCUGAUGUGUCACUCGCUUUGCAAGUCUUCAAGGUUUUGCCACCAAUGCAGCAUGGUCAGCUUGUUGUCAUGGUGACCUAUUAUUUGGCACAGCUACUGAUUGCUGUGGGUGACGUAAAAGCAGUAGAGAACAAAGAUGAAUUUUCGAAAUGGAAGCGGUCCUAAUCAGGAUCCCUGAGGCAUUCCAAACUUCAACAGAAUCUUCACAUUGUUUUCCUGAAUUGCAUUUUAUCAAAACAAAAGUGGAGAACUUAUUCAUCUAA